AACCAUUUGUUUCUUUAAGGCACCAUCCUUCAAUAAAAAAAAACUAAUGAGUAAUCAAUAAAAAAAAUUAAAUUAUUAUAGGACGACAUAACCACAGAAUCCUACGGAGAUCUGUCAUUGCUAAAGCUCAAAGUGUCAAACUAUGGAUCCUUAUCAGAAUCCCAAUCCUAAAGAGUACCAGAGACAGAGACCGUUUGGCUCAGCCGACGAUGGCGGCAGCAGCGGCGGCUCCGGUGUGCCCCAUGAAGUAGAUGAGAAUAAGAAGAAGAAGAAGCUUCUCCACCGCGACAUCGAACGCCAAAGAAGACAAGAAAUGGCUACACUUUUUGCUUCUCUUCGUACUCACCUGCCUCUCCAAUACAUCAAGGGAAAGAGAGCUGUUUCGGAUCAUGUAAAUGGAGCGGUGAGUUUCAUAAAGGACACGGAAACACGGAUUAAAGAACUCAGUGCAAGAAGAGAUGAGCUAAGUAGAGAAACGGGUCAGAGAUACAAAUGGAAUCCGGAUCCAGAAGAAACUGGACCCGAGUUAGGCAAAUCGGAUCCGGCGAGUUUGAUGGUGCAACCAUGUGUGAGCGGUUUCGAAGUGGUGGUGAGCAGCAACUCGUCAGGCCCCCAAGCUUUGCCACUCUCAAGAGUGCUCGAGGCACUUCAAGAGCAAGGGCUUGAAAUCAUCAGCUCUCUCACCACAAGAGUCAAUGAGAGGCUCAUGCACAAUAUUCAAGUCGAGGUUAAUAGUUUCGGAUGCUUGGACAUAGCUUGGUUGCAGCAUAAGCUAGUUGAGAAGUUGAUACUUCCGAUGGGGUACUAAUCAAAAACACAGCAUUUGUCCUAAAGACCUUCUUCAUAUUUAUAUAAAAUUGAUAUCUAAGGCUCGCUUAAAAUUCCAUCUUGGGAGCAAGUCGUAAGGCGCCGAAGAUGCAUAGGUUUUAAAGUUCAUUAAUGGAUGGAGGCGUAGCUUCAUUAUGGGGUAGAUCAUUAGUUCGCCAUCAUUCACCGGCCGUACACCGUAAAGACCAAGGGUGUGAUGUUUGCAGUUGAACAUUUUUCUCAUAAACAAGGUUUUGUUUUUGUUUGCUUUGCAUUUGGCUUCUAGAUAACCUCCAGAUUUCAGCUUUCGUGUUUCCCUUUAAUAAACAAGGUUUUUUUUGGUAUGGAAAUAAGGUUUACAUCCAACGAAUCAUUAAUAAAACCUAUUGGAAGAAAA